UUUGUGUUCUAAUUCUUUCUUGACACUUGUUAUUUAAUUUCUUCAACAAUAACAUUUUGUCUAAAAGGUUUAUUCAUCUCAUUAGUUUCUUUUAUUUUGUCUUAUUAACUAUAAUUGAAAUUAAAAUUAUACUUAAUAAGUUCUGGAAGGUGUUGUCGUCGGUACUAAAUAUUAUAUACCUAUGCAUUUUUAACUAUUUCAAUAUACUUAGUUUAGACUUUUACUUCAAGAUGCAUCUUGGGGUAAAUAUAUCGAAUGCAUUGCAGCAGUUAGAGACUGUGAAAGCUGCAGUUGACCAAAGCGAAGAUCCUAAGUUGAAGGCAGCAACUAAUGAUGACUUGAAUAUGCUGAUCAGCUUGCUGGAGAGCCCUAUAUUGAAAAGCAUAGCAACUCUACAUGACUCAGUUGGCAUGCUCGCUACUCAAGUAGCACAUCAUCCUUCUAUACUUCCUGGAGACUUUGAUAUCACACCAGCUGGUGACUUGGCGCUCCAAGCAAGAAACCUUUAUGGCAGUGGACACGAAGGGGAAGAGGAACAAAGAGUGCCACAAGUGUCCCCUCCGCAAAGUCUGGAGUUUGGUUCUGAUAAUGAGCGUAUUCUAGGACUAGACAAUGCUUCUGUCGAUUCCAACAUGUCACCUAAACAGGGACAUGGUCUGUUGGAUAUGACACGCAAUGAUGACGCCCUGUCAACAUCUCAUAAUAUUGUGGCUGGGGAUUGGGCUCAGGUUGAGAUUAUCAACUUAGUGAAUGAUGGCACUGGCCUCGGAUUUGGAAUAAUUGGUGCAAGAACAAAAGGUGUAAUUGUGAAAACAAUUCUGGCUGGCGGUGUAGCAGAUCGCGAUGGUCGGCUCAAGUCUGGCGAUCAUAUUCUUCAGAUUGGAGACGUGAGCCUAAUGGAAAUGGGUUCUGAGCAAGUGGCGGGGGUGCUGCGGGCGUCGGGGUCGCGCGUGCGGCUGGUGGUGGCGCGCGCUGUGGACCCCGCGCUGCCCGGCGCCGGCGGCUCCGCGGCGCCCGUCGUGCCCGCCAGACUCCUGUCAGACCCCGAGGGGCUGGAUCGUUACCUUCUGGACGCGGGAUUCGAACAAGUGUUCCACACACAACCCACGCCGAUGCCUCACAACGCCACAACUUCCAGAUUCGUCUUCGAUCAGUCCGUCACUCCACCGCCGGAAUCUGAUGCUGAAUCUCCUGAAGUUGACCGAUUCACUGUGCAAUUGAAGAAAGACGAAAAUGGUCUUGGCAUUACUAUAGCAGGCUACGUGUGCGAGAAGGAGGAGCUAUCAGGCAUAUUCGUGAAGUCGGUGACAGUGGGCAGCGCGGCGGCGCUGAGCGGCAAGGUGAAGGUCAACGACCGCAUCGUGGCCGUGGACGGCGUGUCGCUGGCCGGCAAGUCCAACCAAAGGGCCGUGGACGCGCUCAAACAGAGCGGCAGUGUGGUCACGCUGGAGCUCGAGAGAUACCUCCGCGGGCCGAAGUUCGAGCAGCUGCAGCAGGCCAUAGCCGCCGGCGAGGCGGGCGCCGCAGCCGCCGCGCCUCACAACCCCUUCCUGCACAUGCACCGGCCCUCGCCCUCCUCCGACCACGACAUACAGAUGACUGUGCUGCCCACUGUCGAGACGGUGUCUCCGCCGGGAACUCCCCCGGGAACUCGAUCACAACCCGCAUUCGAGAUGCCGCGCACGCAAGAACAAAAGGACGCCAUUAAACGCAAAUGGCAGGCCAUCCUCGGCCCGGAGGUGGAGAUCGUGGUGGGCGUGGUGGAGCGCGGCGGCGGCGGGCUGGGCAUCUCGCUGGAGGGCACGGUGGACGUGGAGGGCGGGCGGGAGGUGCGCCCGCACCACUACGUGCGCUCCGUGCUGCCCGAGGGGCCCGUGGGCCGCGCCGCCGUGCAUCGUCCGGGCGACGAGCUGCUGGAGGUGAAUGGCCAUCGUCUUCUGGGCAUGAACCACCUGGAAGUGGUGUCGAUCCUGAAGGAAUUGUCCCGCGAAGUGUGUAUGGUGUGCGCACGCGCAAAACAUCAUGCGCCCCCCGCACCAACUGCGCAUACUCUGGUCAAGGCCAAAUCAGACGGCAGCCUGGCGGGCGCGGGCGCGGAGGACGGCGGCCCGCUGUCGGCCGCCAGCAAGGUGCGCUCGCGCAGUCUCGAGCCGCUCACCGGCCUCGCCAUGUGGUCGUCCGAGCCGCAGAUCAUAGAGUUAGUAAAAGGUGAGCGCGGGCUGGGAUUCUCGAUUCUCGACUACCAGGACCCGCUGCGGCCGGCGCACACGCUGGUGGUGAUCCGGUCGCUAGUACCGGGCGGCGUGGCGCAGCAGGACGGCCGCCUCAUCCCCGGCGACCGCCUGCUGUUCGUCAACGACCAGAACCUGGAAGACGCGAGUCUAGAGCAAGCAGUGGCAGCGCUGAAGGGCGCCCCUCGAGGGGUGGUCCGCAUCGGCGUGGCCAAGCCUCUGCCGCUGCAGGACGCGCCGCCGCCGCUCCCCGCCACCGCGCCCCCGCCGCUGCUCGACCCGGCUCAAAACGCUCACUAGAUACGCCACCCGAGAUCAAAUACAACAGUAUUCUUGCAUACAUCGUUUCAUCGUCUGUCAAAUAUUUAGCAGUAUUAUUCUUAGUUGAUUGUUAAAGUCCAAAGAGUUGCUGUCUGCUAUAGAAUUUUUUAAAUUGAAUAAUUCUCUAGCUGCGCUCUUGGGCUCCAACUAAUUGUAAAUUUGUUAUUCCAAGUUUUAUAACCCGUAUACCAAAGUUUCACCGAAAUCCAUCCUGUACUUUUAUGUGAAAUAGUAUAAAACAUCCAUUUAUUCUCAUUAAUUACACAAGUUUUAUCUUAUCAGAAUUGCCAAUUUAUCAUAAUACGCUUCGUAUAGCGCCGUACGGUCAAUUAAUUCCAAUCACGUUAAAUAUAGACUUCGAACUUCAAUAUUGUUGAUGUUAUUGCGAUUACUAAAUACGCGGCGUAAUACGUCGCGCAUCACCUGAUUUUAUAUGACGAAACCCUGACGUUUUAACGGAAUAGUUUAUUACUAAUAGUAUUGUGUAAUUUAUUCCACGAAUACAUUCCAUGUUAUUUGGUUGACUAAUAUAUUUUACCAACUCCUCGUAUGUGUCAGAUUUUAUUUAUAAAUUAUUAUGCCGACCUAAGUAUUUAUAUUUCAUUUUUAUUUCUUAGUGUUAUAAGUUUAUAGUAAAUGAUGAGCUGUACUUAAUUUUAGGUUAUAUUUUAUUUAAGUUUGACAUUUACUCUUUUGACUACUUCGUUUGUUCAAAAUCAAAACCUAACUUAUAUUCCUUCUUGUUUACCACACAAAGCUUGCAUUCCUGAUUUUUUUAACUAACUAACUUAGUGUCAACAACUACUUAAUAGAUGGUGCUCUAAACAAAAAGAGUAUUGGAGAGGCCCUUUUUGGAAUUGAAUUGUAGUCUUGAAUUGUUAUAAUAUUAUCACUGUAAUAUUACAUUGAUUGAAUUUAUUAAUAUUAAGUCUAUAGAAUAAAGUUUUAAUUAUUUAA